AUGGAGAUGGAUAAAAGCGGAGAACACAUGAAGUUGCAACUACAAGAGUUAGAGGAAAUUCACAAUGAUGCCUAUGAGAGUGCAAGGAUUUACAAGGAAAAGCUGAAGGCUUUUCACGACAAGAUGAUCUCUAGGAAGAAGUUUAAAUUUGGUCAAAAAGUCCUUCUAUACCAUUCACGGCUUCGUUUGUUUUCGGGUAAAUUGCAUUCUCGUUGGAUUGGACCUUUCGUUGUUACUAAUGUUUUUCCUCAUGGUGCAGUUGAAAUUCAAAGUUUAACAACUUCCAAAGUGUUCAGGGUGAAUGGCCAAAGACUUAAGACUUUCUAUGAAGGUUUCCAAGUAGAGAAUGUGGCAAAAUUAGACCUUGAGGAUCCAAUUUAUACUGAUUGA